AUGAACACCUUCGAAUUCCCCCCUGUCGACGCCGACAACGACGUCUGUCUCAUCAUGAUGCUUCCUUCCAAGAAUCCUGAGGUUCACCCGGCUAUCGCGAACGUUUACAAGAACUGUCGACUUUGGGCUCCGCCUGGCUUUGAGACUGCUGUCAAACGCGCGAAUCCUUCGAGGAAGGUCGUUGUUGCGGAUUUGGAUUUGGAGGGGUGUAGGGAGGUGAUGAAAGGCGUCUCCUGCUGCCUCAUGAAUACCCCUGGCGGCCACGACCGAGAGCUCGAGUUUGCGAACAACAUCCUCCAAGCCGCGGAGGAGAACAUGUACCCUACAGGAAAGUUCCAGCACCUUAUCUUCUCCUCCAUCCUACAGCCCGCCCUCACUGGCAUGGGCCCAUACGCAACCGGCAAGAUGAAAAUCGAGGAGAUGAUCCUCGAGUCGAAGGUUCCGUAUACCAUCGCACACGUCGCGCCGCAGAUGGACGAGGUCGUCACGCCGGAUCACGUCAGGGGUAACCGUUCGAGUCUCAUCACCCUGCUGGACCCAAGCAUGGCGUUCAGCUACAUCAGCAGGGACGAUCUCGGGAGGGCGAUGGCGAAGAUUCUUCUUCAGAGGCAAACGCACUUCUAUGCUACGUACCAGCUGGUCGGGACACCGGUGCCGUUGAACAUGGACCAGAUCGCGAACAGGGUCAAGCAUAUCCUCCAUAUCCAAAUGGAGCCUGUGCAGCUGUUCAUCACGGAUCCAGCUGAGAAGCCCCGGGCGGGCGACUUGACGUACAAUGCGGAAGAGUUGAGGGAUCUACAAGAUGAGGUGGGUUGGGUGAUUCCGCCGCUGGAUAUUGGUCCCUCGCGCACUUUCAGCUCACCGAGUGUACAGAGCGAACAGGCUGUUCAGUCGAGUGCGUCGUUAGCUGCGAUCAUUCCUCCACAGGAUGGGCUGAGGCAAACGUCCUUGCUGAGACGUCACACAUUGGAGCCUGAUUCUCCGAGACCGACACUCUCUGAACUUGGCGCUGAGGAUCAGAAGAAGGAUAAUGAGGUGCCACAGACAGACAAGGAAGCCGAGCUGUUUGAAAACGAAGAUAUGACCAUUACGGAAGCAGAAGACAUUGUCGUGCAAGCCGGUGUCACACAUGGCGAACAAAACGAGACACAUCAGGAGAGGUCUGGCCGGAUGGAUUCCUUCGCCCAUCCUAUCAGUGCCGGCCCUUCCCAGGAGUCGAUCAAAGUAGGAGAGUCUGCCUCGAGCCCUCCCGCCAGUCCCGCAACAUAUGAGGAAGUCCAUGGUCCGCCUCCGGCAGAGGGUGCAGCAGGCUUCACUGCCGCCGACAUCAGCGAGAACCGAGCCUCGUUCGCCGGCCCACCGAUCUACCCCAACAUUUCCAUCGAGAGACGCAACGCCUUCUCAACAAAGCCAAGCAAAGGCAAAGGCAAAGCGCCCACCAGCGAGGACCUGUCAUCGACAGACAAACCCGAACCUCCCACCGUUAAGACCCUCCCAAAGAAAGUCUACGCCUACGGCCAACCCAACUCCGACGUCCUCCUUCUCGACCCGCGCCUCACCGGCCGCCCCGAAACCGCCGCGGAAAUCAUAUACAUCGAGUACUUCAACAAGACGGGCGUGAGCCUGCGGGGGAAUUCGAAUUCUUUGAGGUUCGUGAUGAAGAAGGAGCCGGAGGGGUUUGAUGGGUUUUUGACGAGGCGGAAGAGGGAGUGGGAGCAGGAAGGGGUGGAGUUGGAGCGGGAGCGGGAGGCGUUGGUGCAGGAGGAGUUGAUUGGGUCGGUGUUGAGGGAGGAUCGGGAGCCUGGGCCUGGUGUGGUGAGUGGGGGAUGGGGAGGACUGCUGGGACGGGCGGUUGCGCAGCGGAGACGGGGGGCGGGGUUUAUUGUGGGGGCUACGGAGAGUGAGGAGGAGAGGUUGGGGGAGGAGGAGGAGAUGAGCCAUGAUAUUUUCUUUUCGUGUUGUUAUAUGCAGUUAGCAGACCUCUCCAAAAUGACCAAAAUCGCUUCGAUGCGAUGA